AUGGAGUACUACACAAUCAUAUUAAUCUUACUCUCCAUUUUGUCAUGGGUUUAUAUCUUCAUCACCCAAUCCAACCAUCGUCUCUCCACCAGACUGCCGCCGGGCCCAUACCCACUUCCGGUCAUCGGAAGCAUCUUUAAACUCGGAAAGAAACCACACCACUCGCUUGCCACCCUCUCAAAAACAUAUGGACCAUUGAUGUCCCUUAAGCUCGGAAGCACCACCAUGAUAGUUGUCUCCUCGCGUGAAAUCGCUCAAGAAUUCUUUUCAAAACAUGACAUUUCCUUCUCCAGCAGAUCAAUCCCAUAUGCUGCUCAUGCACACGAUCGCCAUAAAAUCUCCAUGGUUUGGUUGCCAGUUGGAGAUCAAUGGCGUAGGCUACGAAAAAUAUCCAAAGAGCAUUUGUUCUCCAUAACCCAACUUGACGCUAGUCAGCACCUACGCAAGAAAAAGGUUCAAGAACUUGUUGACUAUGUUAACAACUGUUGUCAGAAUGGCAAAGCUGUAAAUAUAGGUCAAACUGCAGUUACCACAACUCUUAACGUUCUCUCGAACUUCAUCUUCUCCAUCGAUUUAGCUGAGUAUGAUUCUGUCUCAUCUCAAGAUUUCAAGAACCUCGUAGGGGGUUUGAUGGAAGUUGGUGGAACACCUAAUCUAGCCGAUUUCUUUCCUGUACUUCGUCCGUUGGAUCCAAAAGGGUUGCUCCGAUCAGCAAGUUUUUAUACCGGGAAGUUAAUGGCAAUCUUUGAACAACAUAUAAGCAAACGGUUGAAAGAAAGAAGAACAAGUUCAUCUGAUCAUCAUGAACCUUCCUCAAGUAAAGAUCUUACGGAUUUGCUUCUGGACAUUAGCGAAAAUGAGAAAUCCUCAAUUAGCAUCGAUGACAUACGAAACUUGCUCUUUGAUUUAUUUCUUGCAGGAACUGACACCACAUCAAGCACGUUGGAAUGGGCAAUGGCGGAGCUAAUCCACAGCCCGGAGAAAAUGUCAAAAGCUCGAUCCGAAUUGGAAGAAGUAAUGGGAAAGGAAGACAAAACCAUUGAAGAAUCAGACAUCUCCAGACUUCCUUACUUACAAGCCGUCGUCAAAGAAACUCUCCGGCUACACCCUCCGGUGACCUUUCUAAUCCCACAUAGAGCCAUAGCCGACGUCGAGAUCCAAGGCUACAUCAUCCCAAAAGACGCACAGAUUCUGUGUAACUUGUGGGCUAUGGGUCAAGAUCCAAACGUAUGGUCAGAUGCACAAACUUUCCGGCCGGAGAGGUUUCUUGAUGUCGGAAUUGACUACAAAGGCCAUGAUUUUGAGCUCAUACCAUUUGGAGCAGGAAGAAGGAUGUGUCCAGCAUUGCUUCUUGCUCAUAGGAUGUUGCAUAUGAUGUUGGGGGCUUUGAUUUACAGGUUUGAUUGGAGGAUUGAAGGGAUGAAACCAGAAGAUAUGGAUAUGACUGAUAAGUUUGGGAUUACUUUACAGAAAAACCUGCCUCUAAUGGCCAUACCGGUCAAAGUUUGACUUUAGUCUUAGGGUUAACCAACAAUAAAAGAACAUUAUAACACAAUGUUGAGGUUGAAAUGUAUAUUUAGUUAUUUACUAUGUAACUAUGUGUAAAACCCACGGGUUUGAUUAAAAAAAAUAUAUAUCAAUAUAUUUUAAUA